AUGAAGAAGGUAUUUUCAGCCAUUAAAAUUAUAAUAUUUGCAUCUUUUAUGAUCUCUAAAGUUAAGUGUGGUUCUGGAGCAUUGGAUGAACAACCAAGAACUGAAUUUAAUACUGACUUAUCUGAACUUCCAUUACUUGUUCUUACUAAUGUAGAUAAUAUAGAGAAAAUUGAACAUAGAUUUUCUGAUUUCUUUAAGGAGCUAAGAUAUAAAGGUCACAAUAUAACUUUUCAGUCAUUAACUACAAAGUCUAGACCUCAAGACAUCAAACUAGACUUAUAUGGUAAAAUGAAAUAUAAUAAUAUUAUUAUUUUCGAUUUAAUUGAACCUGAAUAUAAGUCGACUUUUUCAAUGAAUUUAUUAAAACAUUUACUAGACUUUGUUGAUAAUGGAAAUAAUAUUUUAGUAUUUACUGAUACUUCAGAUAAAUCUAAUUCAAUAAUUCCAACUCCUAUGAUAAGAAGAUUUGCUAAAGAAUGUGCUGAGAUAGAAUUUCAUCCUUCUAAUAGUUAUUUAAUUGAUAUAGUUGGGAAUCAAUCGAAUGAAUAUAACCAAAAUUGUAUCUCUUCACCUAACUGCUUAGAUUCUAAGGCUAUUUUUUCUCCUGAUACUUGUAAUGGUAAAGAAAUUACUUAUUGUGGUAUUGGAUUUGCAAUAAAAUCUUAUUUAACUCCUUUAUCAUUCCCAUUAUUAAGAGCAACUGACACUACAAUGGCAUUUUUGACUAAUUCUGCAACUAGAAAUAAUAAAUUAUUGGGAAAUUUAUUGUACUCAAGUGGUAAUAAUGAAAUAGGUUUAGUUGUAUCAAUGCAAGCAAGGAAUGGUGCAAGAGUAACAUUUUCAGGUGAUGGAUAUUUAUGUAGUAAUGAUAGAUACAUGAUAAAUGGUAAUAAUCAAUUAUUUUGUAAUGAUAUAGCAUCUUGGACAUUCCAAAAGCGUGGCCUUAUUAAAUUGAGUAAUAUUCAAAGUCACAAGAUUGAGGAUAUAUCUAACUCAAGGCCAAUAUCUCGCUAUAGUGAUCGUAAAGAUGCUGAUGUUGAAUAUACUGUUGAAGAUUUUAUAAAUUUCUCUGCUGAAUUUUAUCAUAAUAUCAAUGAUAAAUGGGAACCAUACCCUUAUAAUGAUAUUCAAUUAGAAUUGACGAUGUUAAAUCCUUAUAUUAGAAUUGGUCUUCAACAUAAAGGUGAUGGAGAUAUAAGUCAUGCUACUUUUCAUACUAAUAUCAAACUCCCUGAAGUUUUUGGUAUUUAUAAAUUUGUUAUAAAUCACAAGAGGAUUGGUUAUAAUUAUAUUCUCUAUGAAUCUUUAGUUACAAUUAGGAGUUUCAGACAUGAUCAGAAUCAGAGAUUACUUAUAUCAGCAUAUCCAUUUUAUACAAGUUUUCUACUUACUCUCACUCUAUUCAUAUUUUUUGUGAUAAUAUUUGUAUUUGUUAUUGAUAAUAGUAAGAAAUCUAAAUUAGACUAG